AAGCAGACGAAGCAGAAGAAGAAGAAGAAGAAAGAAAGAAAGAAAGAAAGAAAGAGAAAGAAAGAAAGAAAGAAAGGAAAAGAAAGAAAGAAAGAAAGAAAAGAACAUUCGGAAUUCUGCUGUCAGUGUCCACAAGAUUAAUCUCGUACGACUUUGAUUGGUGCUGAAUAAGUUUAUGAAUUAACGUUCCACAAGCACACUGGAUUUGAGUUUGAUACACACAUGUUCAAAAUAUGACUUGCUCAGAGGAAGCAGAGGCACAAUUUGCAGAGAUAGAGCUGCUAUUAAGUAUGUUUCCGAGUGAAGAAGAGUUACAAGUGGAUGAGCUUUCCCAUGCUGAGCUCAGGGCUUAUGUGGAGGGCUCCGCUCAUACUCCUCCCAGCAUCAGACCCCAAUUCAACAUCAAGCUGAAGGUGGAGAACCCUGCAGUGAGCAUUACAUUGCUGUGCACUUACCCAACUGACUACCCAAAAGUGUUGCCAGAUAUUGCUGUCAGAUGUUCAGUGCUCACCAGAUCACAGCAGAUGAUGCUUCACUCCAACCUCAACACCUACCUUUCUGAAAACUGCAGUGGGGAUGUAUGUAUUCUUUCUGCUGUGCAGUGGAUCAAUGACAAUGCACAAGCAUAUAUCACAAAAAGUGUCCCUGUCAGCGAUCCCAAGAAGGAAGAUGUUUUGAUGACGUCAAAAGAGAUUUUCACUAGACUCUGGAUCUAUAGCCAUCACAUCUACAAUAAGAUCAAGAGGAAGAACAUUUUGGAAUGGGCAAAGGAGCUGAACCUUUCUGGGUUCAGUAUGCCAGGAAAGCCUGGCAUUGUGUGUGUGGAGGGUCUGCAGUCUGCUUGCAAUGAGUUCUGGGCCAGGGUGAAAGUUUUAACGUGGAAGAGAAUUAUGAUUCGUCACAGAGAGGAUGUCCCUUUUGACAACACCUGGACAGAGGAGAGAACUGACUCUCUCCGCAAGUUCACUGGCUUUCAUGAAGCAAGUUUUGACACUCAUGGGACCAGAGGAAAAAGCAUGGACCUUGGACAGCUCUAUCAGUUCCUUAGUGACAAAGGAUGUUCUAAUAUCUUUCAAAUUUACUUUGGGAUUGAGGGGAGAUGAGUUUGUGUGUGCAUUAUUUCUGUUUUUGCCUUAACAUUUUAGGCUUAAUUUUGAAACAUUAAACCUUUUAAAAGUUUAAACAUUAUAUCAUGAAUGCAGUUAAAUUAACAGACAACCAAUUGUAAAUACAGUUGCAAGCAGUGAUUACCAGGGUUCAGACACUUUAAGGCAUUUGUGGGUGAUUUCCUGGACAGAGAUUAAGCCUAGUUCUAGACUAAAAUGGCCCUUUAAACCAGAUUAAUUGAAAUCUGCUUUCUGUCAUGAUGUUAAUCUUAAAACAUAGUUGAGUCCAGAAUUUAAUAGGCUGAUUUCCUGGAGGAAGAUUAGAGCUACUUCAGGACUAAACUUAAGCUUAAAUUAAACCUACCACGAGGCAGGUUUAACUUGAGAUUAAUGUUGUGUUUUCAGGCUUUAUAUAUCAAAAUUAUUGGCACCCUUGGCAGAUAUGAACAAGGAAGCCUGUGAAAAUAAAUCUGCACUGUUAAUCAUUUUGAUCUUUUAUUAAAAUAAUAAAUCACAAAACCCUAACCUUUGAACGGGGAAAUCUCAUUUUGAAAAAUGUUUUUCUCUAAUACACAUUGGCCACAAUUAAUUAAUUUCUUAUUCAAUACUUUUUGCAAACUCCUUUUGACAAUUUAACAGCUAUGAGUCUGUCCUAUAAUGCCUAAUGAGUUUGGAGAACACCUGAAAAGAGAUCAGAGACCAUUCCUUCAUACAGAAUUACUCCAGACCCUUAAGAUUCCCAGUUCCAUGUUAAUACUCUCUCCUCUUCAGUUUUCUAUAGGGUCAGGGAACUGGGAUGGCCAUGGCAGAACCAUUUUUGUGUUGAUUUUGAUGGUCCUUUUGGAUCAUUGUUCUGUUGGAAGAUCUAACCACAGCCCAUUAUAAGGCCAUUAUGACCCCAAGACUCAACUAUUAUCUGCAGUGAUCCUUGGAGAGUCUUUGGCCACUCAAACUAUCUUCUUCGCGUUACAUUAACGGUCUGACCUGUGCGGGGUUCGGGUCCAAAACUUUGACAAGUGCCCCGGACACGGGUUGGGAUCAGUAUCAGUUGCUUCAGGUCUUGGUUAAUUUAAAAUAAAUGUGCUUUUUGCAAAUGGACCUGAUCCCUUUAACGUACUUCCACAUUGGUGUUGAAAGCAUUUUUGAGAAACGCGUGUAGAAAAGAAACAUAUGUUUGUAACCUAGCACACAGAAAUCCAUCUUAUAGAUAAGAGAUCCAUCAAUCAUUUCUUUUUUGCGUGCACAAUCCCUUCGCUGGAGAUGAGGUAAAUAACAUUGCAGAGCAGCCAAAACUAGCGAAUCCAUGAUUUAUUAGGCUGUUUAUUUAAUUUUUAUCGAGGUAUCACGUUUAAUUUUUCCAAUUCAGUUGUCAAAUUGAAAGCCAAACUCAGAAAUAACUUGUAUCCAUCAGGCAGGCAAUAAUAUAAUGUAAUAAUGAAUUAAAUAAAUGUUAAAUAAAUCAAAGUAAUGGAGAAGUGGCCAAAUCAGUCAGCAUGACACCGGGAUUUGGAUUUUUUUUUUUUUUUUUUUUUAAUUAUCUUGUUUAGUAACAGGGUUUUUUUUGUUUGUUUUUUUGUUUUUUUUUUCAGUCUUUUUUCCACUGCUAUUGUUUACCUUGGAUUUGCUUCUCAGUUCCAUACAAUUUUAAGCUUUUGUUUGUUCAUUCCAUGUUUUAUAGUCAAUCUUUGUCAUGCUUAUUCAGAUUACUGUACUUUAUCUGUGUUUCAGAAAGCC